AUUGCCAAUUUUUUUCUUGCUGGGUGGGGUUUGAAUUGGUCAGCAACUCGCCCUUCUCUCGCUCUCUACUAUAUUAACACGUACCACUCCAUUUUGUGACUAUACAAACUUUCUCUUCCCAGUCAUAGUUGCCCCCCUUUUCCACCUCAUUUCUUUCCAAUAUCCUCCUCCCUUCCGGGGUUGGCUUUGUGCCAAAGCCUCUUUUCUUAUCCUUUGCAUGCAUAGCUUUGCCAUCGAUACCUUUUCUACUUAAUUUAUAUCUCGCUCUCUUUCUCUGUCAAAUUACCCACCAUCAUUUCCCACAUUCUAGAUUUGCUGUUUCUGCUUAUUCUCCCUUGUAUUUGGGUUUUGGUUUCUGAGAGCCAUCUGGAUCUUAACUUCUUCUAUGUUGCUUGCUUUUGGCUCUUCACUUUUGUACACUUUUGAUUCUUAUCAAGCUAUAGCUUUAUCCUGACAUGAUCUAGUACCGCUCCAUGUUCUUAAAGUUUAUAAAUUAACCCCACAACCAAGCAAAGCUUAUCACCGCCGAGAGCGUAUAGUUCACCACAGAUAUUUGGGAACAUUUUUGUUUUUGAAUGGAAAGAACGAUGGAUUGGGAGCAAAAGACUCUUUUGAAUGAGCUAACACAAGGGAAACAGCUGACCAAUCUGCUUAGGCAGCAUCUCCAUCCUUCUUCAUCUCCCGAAACACGCCAGGACUUACUUGAGAAAAUUCUCUGUUCCUAUGAGAAAGCUCUUUCAAUGCUGAAUUGGAGUGGUUUUGUGGUUGAAACUAAGCCCACAAGUAGCACGUUGGAAUCUCCUGCUUCCAUUGCCAACAGCAGCCUAGGAAGCGAGGGCUCUGAUAAAAAGGAUGUGUCCAAAAAGAGAAAAACAUCGUCCGGGUGGACCGAGCAAUUAAGGGUUUGCUCUGGGACGUCAUUAGAGGGGCCUCUCGAUGAUGGAUAUUGCUGGCGAAAAUAUGGCCAGAAAGAUAUUCUUGGAUCCAAUUUUCCAAGGGGAUAUUAUAGAUGCACUCAUCGUCACUCACAAGGCUGUUUAGCCACUAAACAAGUUCAAAGAUCAGAUGAGGACCCUACAAUCUUUGAGGUGAAAUAUAGAGGAAGACAUACCUGUAACCAAGUUUCUCACUUUGCUGUCACGUCUGUACCAGUAACAAGAGAAAUGUCCAAAGGGCAAGGCAAUCAUUCUCGGAAAAGGCAGCAACUUGAAGAGAAACAGAAACAAUCACAAGAGAUGUUUAUGAGUCUUGGAGCAGGGCUUAAGGUUAAAACAGAGGAAUUGGACACAAGAGAGGACAUUUUUCCUUCAUUUCCUUUCCCUGUUGAAUCAGAAGAAGUGGAAAACAGCAUGUUCGUAAAGUCCCUAAUGGAAAAUGAUAUCAUGGGAAACCUUUCUCCGACAUUUAUGUCUCCAGCGACAUCUGAAUCCAACUAUUUUUCAGUGUCACCGUGCCACAUGGGCAGCUUUGGUUUUGCCCAAAACGUGCAGACUUCUGAAUCUGAUCUUACAGAGAUUAUCUCUGCACCGACUUCAGUUACGAAUUCCCCAAUUGGAGACCUGGAUAUCUCAUCACUUGAUAAGUUGGAAUUCGAUCCGAGUUUCCCAUUCGAUAAUUCUGAAUUCUUCUCUUAAUGAGUUUUCAAACUUCCACCCCAUUAGGAGCAGAAGGAAGAAAAAAAGGGAGGAGAAAAUAGAAAUGUAGUGCACUGGUUUAUUAGAGUAAGCUGAUCCAGAAAAAGAGAUUGAGGAGUGUUCAUAUAGCUGUGACCAACAGCAAUGUAUCAGUCUCUGAUGGAGCUGGCCAGGAAAAUUAACAGUUGAUUAGGCAGUUCAAUUCUUAGAAAUAAUUUGUUUUCCCUUCA